AUGAAGCUCUCCAUCACGGCUUCUCUUCUCGGCCUCUUGGCUUUUGGUGCCAACGCCCACAUGGAAGUGAUGAGCCCACCGCCUUUCCGCUCUCGCUACAACUCCUACACCACAGACAUUGAUUACUCCAUGACAAACCCGCUGAGCGGCUCUGGGAGCGACUUCCCCUGCAAGGGUUAUCACUCACUUCUCGGCACAUCCCAGGGCCAGUCCGUUGCCACCUGGAAGCCCGGUUCAACCCAGACCAUGACCGUUGCUGGCUCAGCUACCCAUAACGGAGGUAGCUGCCAGGUGUCACUCUCUUACGACAAGGGCAAAACCUUCAAAGUCAUUCAUUCCUACAUCGGGAAUUGUCCCCUCAAGACAAGUUGGUCAUUCACCCUGCCCAACGACACACCAGCCGGCAGCGCUCUCUUUGCCUGGUCGUGGUGGAACAACCUCGGCAACCGUGAGAUGUAUAUGAACUGUGCUCAUGUUACCAUCAGCAGCGCCAAAUCUGCCGACACCAGAGAAAUCGGUGCCGAUGAAGGGGAAGAGGACCCUCAAGUCAAGAAACGCGCACCCAGUGACCCUUUUGCCAGCCGCCCCAACAUGUUUGUAGCCAACGUUGGCAACGGCUGCAGCACUCUUGAGACAUAUGAUGUUGUGUUCCCCAACCCUGGUCCUGAUGUGACCUACGCAUCUAGCAAGACUGCUAGCCCUGUUGGGAGCUGCGGUACUACGUUUGCUAGGGCCUUUAAGGCCUAG